GGCCCUGGCCUGGCCUGUCCAAGCGCAAGAGAGAAGGGCAGUUUCAGUGUGCCGCCGCCAUCAUGGUUUUCCGUAACCACGCUUUGGAGGACCGAACUUUGAAAAAUCGUUUUUGCAGUGUGUAAACGCGUUGUGAGCGCCCAGUGCCGACCGGAAUGCACUAGGCGCGGUUCCGGGUCGCUUGUUCCCGGGUCCCGGUGGGCCCCCCCAGCGGUCCCGGUUCCCGUGUCGUGGCCGAUUCUGUUGUCCCCGGGCGUGUAAAAUUUUCGCGUGUUUUUUUUCCAUUCGCGUUUUUUUGCACCCCACACACACACACACAUCCACAAACGUACACACACACACACGCGCGCGCACGGUUUGACACAAGAAAGAGUGAAAGAGAGAGAGAGGGAGAACGACGAGAGAAGGUGAAGGAAGAAGGAGCAAGAGAGAAACAAGAAGAAAAAAAUGUCCAAGCUUUCGUUUCGGGCGAGGGCCCUCGAUCCGUCGAAGCCGAUGCCGAUCUAUCUGGCGGAGGAGCUUCCGGAUCUGCCCGAGUACUCGGCCAUCAACCGGGCCGUGCCGCAGAUGCCGAGCGGGAUGGAAAAGGAAGAGGAAUCGGAGCACCACCUGCAGCGCGCAAUAUGCACCGGACUGAUCAUUCCCACCCCGGAGGUGUUCGAGGCGACCGAUUCGGAGUUUUACGAGCGGUACUACUCGCAGGACUACAAAAUGCCCAAGCAGUUGAUCCACAUGCAGCCGCUGAACCUGGAGCAGGACGUGCCCGACUACGACAUGGACAGCGCGGACGAGCAGUGGAUCACGACGCAGGGCAAGCGGCUCGACCUGGACCCGCUCAAGUUCGAGACGAUGAUGGACCGGCUGGAGAAGAGCUCGGGCCAGACGGUGGUGACGCUGAACGAGGCCAAAGCACUGCUCAAGCAGGACGACGAGCUGAGCAUAGCGGUGUACGACUACUGGCUCAACAAGCGGCUCAAGAUGCAACACCCACUGAUACUGUCGGUGAAGACGGAGAGCAGGGGCAACACGACGCCGAACAACCCGUAUCUGGCGUUCCGGCGGCGAACCGAAAAGAUGCAAACCAGGAAGAACCGCAAAAAUGACGAGUCCUCGUACGAGAAGAUGCUCAAGCUGAGGCGGGAUCUGAGCCGGGCGGUGACGCUGCUGGAGAUGAUCAAGCGGCGGGAGAAGAUCAAGCGCGAACAGCUGCACCUCAGCAUCGAGGUGUACGAGAAGCGGUACCAGGCGCAGGACUUUGCCGGCCAGAUGCUGGCCGAGUUCGCCUCGAACGCGACCAAGGCGUCACGUCCCGCGUUCGCGCCAAUCUACUCGAACCAGUACUCGUCGCACCACGGGGCGAUGGCCGGCGGUCAGGGUGUGGCGAGCGGGUCCGGUGCGGGUGUCUACGGCGGCAGCGGGUCUUCGUCGCAGUACCACGGUGGCGGCAGUUCGCGGGACAAACGGGACGGCGACAGCCACAGCAGUAGUCGGAAGGAAAAGCGCCAGUACAAGAAGCGGAAGCACAAAAUCCAAAAGGAUCGCGGCGGGACGUCGACCAGCGGAUCGGCGACGGUCGGCGCCGGCAGUUCCGUGGGUCGGGACGGAUCGGCGCUGGCCGGAGCCAGCGAUCGCUAUCACUACCAGUAUCAUCCGGCGGGUGGCAGUGCCGGUGGUCAGCCGUUGAUCGGAGGACGUGGCACGGUCGAUCCCAGUGCGAUCGCCGCCGGCGCUGGACUCCACGGCAGUGGCACUGCCGGCGAUCCCGCGCUGUCCUCGGACGAGGAGGAACUUGCCAACCUGCAGGGUGCGACCGCCCCGGAGGAAGAGUACGCGUACGCCUUCCGGCGCAGCAAGUUUAGUCAAUAUCAUAGGCCCAUCACGAAAGGCUUCGGGAAUUGGCCCUGGGUGUCGAAGGAGGAGAACGGAGCGGCCGACCCGAGGUAUCGGUUCACGUUAGCGUCGCUGCGGCAUCCGAGACCCCGCUGCAUCGGCUUCGCCCGGCGGCGCUUCGGCCGAGGCGGUCGCGUCAUCAUCGAUCGCGCCUCCACCACGCUGGACGACCUGUGGUCCCGGCUGGACUACAAGAUCAUCGAGUCGGAAACGAGCUGCUCGGUGAACGCCGAACCCGAAGAGGAGGAGAGCGUGGUCGUCAGCACGACAAUGGUUCCACCGGUGGCGACGACAACGGAUCGAAAGCGACCCGAUCCGAGUCCGGUGCCGAUGGGUGGUGGUGCGAAACGGCGCCGGCUGGUCAUCAAGGAGGAGACGGACUUGGACGAGCUGUUUUUGGCGGGGGUCGGGCUGGUGCGGAAGCGAAGUCCAAGUGGGUCGUUUGAGGAAGAGCAGGAAGAGCAGAUCGUGGAGGAUCGUGUGCAAGUGAAACAGGAAAAGUGCGGUGGCGGUGAUGAAAGGACAUCGACUCCGGCGGCGGUUGAGGCGACUGUAAUUAGUAGUUUAAGUGGCGGCGUGAAUAACUCAGAAAAUAAUGUGAUAAAAAGUGAAGUGGAUGCGAUGGCCGUGGAGGUCAAGCAGGAGGUCCUGGAAGAUUACGAGCACAUGAUAGACAAUGUAAAUAAUAGCUAUAGGAACCGGAUAAGUGGCAGUGGCGGAAGUGGCAACGGCAUCAACAGCAGCAGUAGUGGCAUCGUCAAUAGUAAAAACAAUUUUAUCCAAUCGUUUAGUAAUAGUAUUAGCAGUAAUAGCCGGGGGUUGGCGUCGAGGUCAGUUCAGCAUGCGGCGGCGGCGGCGGGGACGACGGGGGCGUCCAGCAGUGGGUCGUUGCAAUCUUCCAGCAGUAGCAGCAGGGGUCGGCAGAUUGCCGAAGAGCUUGGGUUGCCGUUGGACAGCCAGGCAAUUGCGAGUGUUUACAGCGAUCUGUUGGAGGAGAUUCAGUCCAGCUGGUUGCACUUCCGGCCAAAGACGCCGGAACCGUUGCCACUGGAGGACGAUCUGUUGCUGGCGGACGAUCCACUGUUUGCGACGGAUGCCAACCGGAUAUCGCUGGAGUUGCAGGCGUUGGGUGAGGAAGGACUUCCGGAGGAGGUGUUUACCCGGUCGUCGGAGACCGUGUUCCGGACGAGGCAGUUUGCGCUGGACGCACUGGUCGAGCCCCAUCCGUUGGGACAGUUGGCCACGGUGGCGCGGACUACGAAGGACGGAGACGAGCUGGGCAUCAAGCUGGAGACGUGCUCCAACUCGGACAACAAUCUCAGUGGGGACAGUUUGAACGAUCUGAACCUUAGCCUGAACGAGUCCGGCGAGGACGAAAAGAUGCUGGACAAAAUUCUGCAAGAGUGCCAAAUUGACGACAUGAAAUCGUUGAACCAGACAAGCAAUUUUUGGAACGGAAUCCUCGAGGACGGGAUCCUCAACCAGCUAGAGGUGCCGGAAGAAGCGGGUGGAGGCGCAGGUGGCGGUGCGGGCACCGGGGUAGACGUCAAGGAAGAACUGGCCAGUCCACCACCCCCGGUAGACGGCGCCCCCAUCGGAGUCCUCUCGACGGUCAACAAGCUGGGCUAUUGCUCGGAACUCGUCGGCUACGACCGCCCUGCUACCGUUGAACGGUACAAAAACAAACGCCGGAAGAUCCUCCGACGGUGCAACAUCCAGGUCGGCAGCAGUUGCUUCACCGUACGAAGUCCACCCCCGGAAGAAAUCGUCCGGAAGCUGUCCGACUCUGCAGCGGCACCCGAUCUCGACACCCCAGUCCUCGACGGCACCACCACCACCGGCGAAAAACCGGACCCAACCUCAGAACCUGCCCCGCAACCCGCAGAAGUCAAGGUAGAAGACGAAUCCGACUCCGUCUCCGCGACCAUUCCUUCCGACCAGAUCAAGAUCGAACCGCCGGACGAACUGCUGGCUGCGUGCUCACCCUCAACACCCGCCUCCACCAACACCACCCCGCUCAUCCAUUCCCACUCGGCGCCACACCUGCAAACCAAUACCUCCGUGAUGGCCCCCUUCCAUCACUCGCUGUCGGCGCCCCAAAUCAAGCUGGAACCCGCCCUCAACCACACGACAACCCUCCAACCGUCCUCGUCCACAUCAUUCCUCAUCGCGUCCCCCUCGACGGUCCAGGUCCAGGUGCAGCAAGCCGCGCAAAACCCGCUCAUCCAGACCGCCCAAACGACGAUCCCGAUCGUCCAGCAGCAACCCUCGCAGCAGCAACAAAUCACGAUCAGCAGCGCCAGCAGCAGUGGAACGUCCACCCCGACGGGAAGUUACAUCGUGCAGCACACGACGCCGAUCGUGCUGUCCCAGCAGCAGAUGCAGCAGAUCGCCACCAGCGGGGGGAACAUUGUGACCGUCAGUGGGAACCAGGUCAUUACGGCGAAGCAGCAUCAGCAGUUGCAGCAGCAGCAGAUUCAGCUUCAGAAUGCCGCCGCGGGGGUGAAUGCGGGCGAGACGUACUUUUCGCUGUCGCCGAUCAAGAAGCAGAUCAACGGGCCGAACGAUAAGGUGACGGCGGGAGGGGCGGUGACGGUGGCGGGAGCGGUAGUCGGUGCCACCACUUCCGGCACGGCUAACGCAACCAGCACCGGCGUCGACGGCAGUCCCAAAGCGACACCAGUCGGGGCCGCCAACUUGUUCCGCUUUGCCGCGUCGAAACAAAACGUGAUCGGUCCUCGAUUCCUCAUCAACCAGCGAAUACCGGCAGGGACGGCGACCGGCGCCGGUACCACGGCCAUCGGAAUCGCCGGUAGCCCUACCACCACCAAGCAGCAGCAGGAUCUCAACAAGAAGCAGCUGGAGAUGAUCACGAAGGCGCUGGACAUUCGGGCGCAAAAGAUGAUUGUCAAACAGCAGCAGCAGGGCCAGCAACAGCAGCAGCAGCAGCAACAGUUGACGCAACAGCUGGUGAUUCAUCAGAACUCGCUCCAGCAGCCGAUCACGAUUCAGUCCAGCGGGGGAGGUCAGAGUGUGGUGCAAGGCGGAGGCGGGCAGGGCACGACGCAGAAGCAAUACAUACUGACGUCGUCGCCGCAGCUGAUUGGGUCGCCGCACGGGAAGAUUGCGAUCAACUCGAUUGGGACGGCCGGCGGCGACGCGGACAAGAACCGGAUUGUGUACGCCAACAUCAAGAACAGCCGUGGGCAGUUUCUGGCGCACAUCAACCACCAAAAAGUUGUAAAUAUCAUUCAACCCAUCCAACAGCAGCAGCAGCAACAGCAGCAGCAGGCGCAACAGCAGAAGCUCAUGAACAACGUCGUUGGCCAGCAGCAGACGACUCAGCAGCAGCUGCUCGGGGCGGUCUCGGCGGCAUCCGCGACGACCACAAUUGUAAAUAGUAAGGGAGGCGGCAUGCGGAUACCAACGGUUAGCAUUCGGGCCGCCCAGCAGCAGCCUGGAUCUUCGGCCGCGCCUGACUCCACGACGACGGCGACGAUGGCCAACAGCGCCAGUAUCAAGUUUAUCCAGGUCACCGGUCCGGCCGUGUCGUCUGCUGCUGCUGCUGCGGACAAUGGCGCGGUGACCACGACGACGGCGACGACGACGGCGCUUCAAGGUUCGGCGGUUCCGACCUCGUCCUCGGCGGCAGUGGCCACGACGACGGCGGGGGCCGCGGCACCGCCCACCACCAUCAACAUUACCAACAGGUGAGAAUCGAAGAGCGGCCAGCUCGGUAGGUAACUGUUGUUAGAUUUUAACUUUAACUUAUCGAUAACGAUCGCGUACAUUUAGGUAAAACCAACCUUCCCUCCCAUUAAAGAAACCCCCAGUUCCCCCCUCUCUUGUCAGUGUUGUGUAAUUAUCAGAAAAAAAAAGAAAAACAGAAACGGAAAUCGGAGAGAGAGCAAUGAGAGAGAAAAAAUGAAAAUUAAGCAAAAGGCAAACGAAAAAAAAAGUGUUGAGAGAAAUCGAUUUUCACUACUUUCGUGAAAAACGUGUCACGACCGCGUUGCGUAUUUUUUCCCGACUUUUCCCCUUUGAUUAAUUAUAGGUUGAUGUUGGCAUUUACGUACUUUCACUUGUAGCUAAUUUCAAAUAAUAUAAUUACAGUAAGCAGAAAACAAAACAAUUGUAGAUUGUGUAAAUGAAUAAUGAAAUUUUCUAAUAAAAACAACUAAUUUCCACAAAUGAA